AUGGCUCCGGGUCUCGUGGAUUCAAGUGCUUUCCCACAGCCUACACCGAAGCCAGUCAAGUUAUCUGUCUUUCCAGAUGGAUACAAAACAUCUGGACAACACCCUCCUAUCUAUUCACAAGUCCGCCCCUACGCCGACUUCCCCAAAUUCCAAACGGGACCCACAUUGUGGAAGGCUGAGGACUAUCGCAACAACCCCGAGUUAUGGACGCAUACAUUCACAGCCGAAGAGAUCGAAGAGAUAAGCAAUGCCACUGAAGACUUUAUCAAGAGCGGAGCUCCUUUAACUGGCAUUUCAAGGGCGAACUUCCACCUCCCAAAGUUAUCCAACCGAAUGGAAGAGCUUCGAAGAGAUCUCAUUGAUGGCAAGGGGUUCUUCCUUUUCCGAGGUCUUCCGGUCCAAGAAUGGGAUCUCCAAAAGUGCGCGACAGCGUAUAUGGGCCUGGGCACAUACCUAGGUUACUUUGUCAGCCAGAAUGGACGAGGCCAUGUCCUGGGACACGUCAAGGAUCUCGGAGAAGAUCCCACCAAAACCGAUAGAGUCCGCAUCUAUCGAACCAAUGCUCGGCAAUACUUCCACACAGACGGAGCGGACUUCGUCGGCCUCCUCUGCGUAGCAAAAUCAAUGUCUGGCGGCGAAUCCGACAUUUCAUCCACCCACCACGUCUUCAACGUCUUACAAGAACGCUACCCAGAUGUAGCCCAAACAAUGUGCGAACCGAACUGGUACUUCGACCGCAAAGGCGAAGUAUCCGAAGGCGAAGAACCAUGGAUUCGGGGUAGUAUCUUCUACCUCGAAAACGACCGCAGCAGCAACCCCCGCGUCUACGCCAAAUUCGACCCUAUGAACGUGACCUCACUCGCACGAUUCAACUCUGGUCCUGACGCGCGCAUUCCUCCGCUAUCUGAUGAGCAGAAGUACGCACUGGAGGUCUUUGAGAAGGUCUGUGCGGAGCUUUCUUUGCAUAUGAUUCUUGCGCCUGGUGAUAUUCAGUUCUUGAGUAAUGCCCAGGUCUUCCAUGCGAGAACUGCUUAUACGGAUCAUCCUCCUGGCGCUGUUGAUGAGCAGGGUCGGCCAGCUCGGCGUCGUCAUUUGAUGAGGCUUUGGUUGGCUGCGCCUGAGUCUGAGGGUGGUUGGAAACUUCCUUAUCAUGAUUCGUUAGAGAAGAAACGGGGUGGGAUUCAGGUUAAUGAUACGCCUCCUGUUUGUCCUUUGGAUGCGGAGUGA